GAUCCAGCAAGAUGAGCAAUGAUGGCCUGGGAUCCUGGUCCCCUUGGAAUGCUUCAUGGGAAGAUAUUGGAGCAGAAAAUGAAACUGACCUCCUAACCCCCCAGGAUGGUUUUGAUCAUGAAUUAUCACCAUAUCGUAUAGCAGACAUUCUUAUCCCCAUCUUCAUUUUACUUAUUAGCAUUUUUGGAAUCAUUGGGAAUGGGACUGUCAUCUGGUUUCUUGGCUUUUGCAUGAAGAGGAAUCCUUUCACCACUUUCAUACUACAUCUGGCUGUUGCUGACCUUGGGGCUCUCAUGAGCUUAUCUUCUCUUUCGAUUAUGAGCAUUUUGAAUUUAUUUCCAUACUUACUUUGGCAUAUUUACUUGGUCCCAGUAUUCGGGUAUUUGUUGUUGUUCAUGUACAACACUGGUCAAUAUCUGUUGACAGCCAUCAGCAUGGACAGGUGUGUUUCUGUCGUCUUUCCCUUUUGGCAUCGAUGCCACAGACCACCACACUUUUCCUCCCUUCUGUGUGCCACAAUAUGGAUCAUUUCUUUCCCGCUCCAUGUAAUCGGCAUGAUUUAUUCUCUUUUUGGAGAUAUAAUGAAUCCCCUUUUCUAUCUGCUUCUAAUGAAUGCUAUACUUUGCCUCCCACUCAUGACUGUUUCCACUCUGAUCCUGUUUAUAAAAGUUUACUUUAGAUCACAACAAAUGAAGAAGGAAAAAGCUUUAACAGUCAUUCUACUUGUCAUCUUCUUCCUCUUCUUAGCUUUCCCAUAUACUUGCAUUUUAUUAAUCAGUUUUUUCACUCCACUUAUAGACUAUAAUGUGGAAUCUGUUGGGUUCUUAUGCAGCUGCCUGAAUAGCAGUAUUAACCCACUGAUUUAUUUCCUGAUUGGGAGAAACAAGAGGGCUCAAUCCAGGGAGAGCAUGAAGGUCAUACUCCAGAGGCUUUUCAAAGAGGAGGAAAACUGCAGAGAGGAACAAGAAAUUCCAGUUCAAAGCCAGAUGUGAAGAGUUCAAAAUAGCUCAGAAAGUGUCAUAUUCUAUCUCUUGGUGUAUUUCUUGGUACUUGUUUUCCUCUGUACUCACUAUUUUACUAUUCUGGAUUCAUUUACUCUGUUAAUUUUUGUCCUUGUUUCAGGAGUAUCGCUAAAAGCCCCUUGGAUUGCCCAU